AUGGUCUCAAGUCAUGGAGAUGUGUAUUGCUGCCCGGAAAAAUUGGGGUACCUAACCGGAGACACUCCACAGCCCCCUCAGAGCUUGUCCACCUAUAACAAAUGGUGUACCGAGAACUUUCGGGUCAAAAGGUGGUUAAUUGACUCCAUGUCUCCUGAUUUCAUGAGUCGUUUCAACCAAUUAAGUAUCGCCAAAGAAAUCUGA